AUGUGUCAAAUCCCUUUAACUUUCUACCGCGCGGAUUGUAAUUUUGUCUUCUCCGACGAGCAUUUGAAAGCACCAGGACCCUGGUCUGAGCGGGUCUGGACCCUGGAAGUUGGACUACGUCAACAGGAGUGCGGGAGACCCGUCCCAGCACUCAGAGGAUCUCAGCAGAGGAGGCGCGCUGCGCUCCACUCCAAACCAUCCCCAAAAAAAGUUGACAGAGCCAGAGAAACCGUUCGAGGAACAUGCUGUAUCCGCGCGCAAAGGCGCACUGAGGAAGGACGUACGAGGCACCUUUGGCUCAACGAGACAACAACAAAAAAAAACAUGUUGGCGAGGAAAAGCAUCAUCCCGGAGGAGUUCGGCGUGCCGGGUCUUGCCUCCCGGAUGCCCCGAAAGCCGGUGUUCAGGGACCGCGUCAACAAGGCGCGCUUCAUCGCCAAGAACGGCUCGUGCAACUUGGCGCACAAGAACAUCCGGGAGCAAGGCCGAUUCCUGCAGGACGUUUUCACGACGCUGGUGGACCUUAAAUGGCGCUUCACGCUGGUCAUCUUCACCACGACGUUCGUGAGCAGCUGGCUGCUGUUCGCCAUGAGCUGGUGGCUGGUGGCGUUUGCGCACGGAGACCUGGACCCGGAGCGGGAAAACGGAACCCACUGCGUCACCGGUGUCAAGUCAUUCACAUCAGCCUUCCUGUUCUCCAUCGAGGUCCAGGUGACCAUCGGCUUCGGGGGACGCAUGAUUACGGAGCAGUGUCCCACUGCCAUCACCGUCCUCAUCAUGCAGAACAUAGUGGGACUGAUCAUCAAUGCUGUCAUGUUAGGGUGUAUCUUUAUGAAGACGGCCCAGUCGAACCGCCGUGCCGAGACGCUGAUCUUCAGCCGCCAUGCAGUGAUUGCCGUCAGGAACAACCGGCUUUGCUUCAUGAUCCGAAUCGGGGAUCUGAGGAAGAGCAUGAUCAUAGGAGCAACCGUUAGGUUGCAGGUGGUGAGAAAGACAACCACACCGGAGGGGGAGGUGAUCCCUAUCCAUCAGAUCGAUGUCCAGACGGAGAGCGCUGUGGCCAGUAACAGCCUCUUCCUCCUCGCCCCGCUCAUCAUCUGCCAUGUGAUAGACAAAAGCAGCCCAAUGUACGACCUGUCGGCCAUGGAGCUGCAGUGCAGUGAUCUGGAGGUGAUCGUCAUCUUGGAGGGAGUUGUCGAGACGACCGGGAUCACAACGCAGGCCCGAACGUCCUACGUGUCCGAGGAGAUUCAGUGGGGUCACCGCUUUGUUCCCAUCGUAAACGAAGAGGAGGGCGUGUAUUCUGUGGAUUACUCCAAAUUUGGCAACACAAUCAAGGUGGCAACUCCGCGCUGCAGUGCCAGAGAACUGGAUGAGAAGCCGUCCAUCUUAAUCCAAACCCUCCAGAAGAGCGAGCUGUCGCACCAGAACUCUCUGAGGAAGCGUAACUCCAUGCGACGCAACAACUCCAUGCGGAAAGGCGGCGGGAGUAGCGGGAGCCUGCGGAGGAACAACUCAGGUCUAGCCUCACCCAAAGUCCAGUUCUUCACCCCCACCGAUGGAGGCCAGACCCUGAAUGCCAUCACCUGACAUGAGGCCUGCCUUCUACUGGUGUACCUGCUUCUUUUGUGGGACAGUUUUUUCUUCUGUCCACCCAACCCCCCCCUUAUCUCGACUCGUAUUUCGACAUGUUUACUGCUACAGUUGUCUUUCUGUUCAUUAGUGGGUCACCGAACAUUUCUCUGCACUGGCACACGCUCACAAAGUAGAUCGUAGAAAUGAUAAAUGAGGUCCACUCACACGCUGGCAAAUACUUUUUUUUUUUCUUCCCAAAGUCUUGUCAAGUAGAACAGCACUUUAUAUUCUAUAUCCCCAUAUUUGCACAUCGAAGCGUGGGUUUUCAACCAGCAAGAGGUUUUGAUAGCACAAAAGGGGUUAAAUAUGAGGAAACGAGCCUGCGUACACUGCUGUCUUAACUCUUUGUACAU